AUGCAUAUAUUAACACUUAUUGACAUACUCACUAAUGUACACAGCUCUCACCUCAAAACAUUUCUUCCUACACUAACUAACCUCUGCCCCCCCGCGCCAAUCGUUGCUUUACCGUCAACACAGACGAGCAAUGUCUCUACAGAAACUUUUGUAUCUAUUAGAAUUUCUCCCCCCCCCUUUCUCUCUCUCUCUUUUUCUCUCUGUCUGUCUGUCUGUCUGUCUGUCUGUCUGUCUCUCUCUCUCUCUCUCUUCACAGAACUCAUUUUGUUUCUAUCUAUCUUUCUCAAUUUCCAUCUAUUUAUCUAUCUUGAUCAAUUUGUUCUAUCUAGCUAUCUCUAUCUCAAUUUGUUUCUAUCUUUCUAUAUAUCUAUCUUUCUCAAUUUGUUUCUAUCUAUAGUUCUCAAUUUGUUUCUAUUUCUCAAUUUAUUUCUAUCUCUCCGUCUAUCUUUCUUUCUUUCUUUUUAUCUAUCUAUCUAUCUAUCUAUCUAUCUAUCUAUCUAUCUAUCUAUCUAUCUAUCUAUCUAUCUAUCUGUCUGUCUGUUUACGUCUAUCAAUCUAUUUAUCUUCAUAACUUUCUUUAUCAUGUUGUAUCUUCUUUUUCUACCUACCCCAUUCCCUCUCCCUCUAUAA